GUGGCGCAGCAGGAGGAGUUCCUGGCGCUGUCGCACUGCCAGCUCGCGGCGCUGCUCAGCCGCGACGAGCUCAACGUGCGCUGCGAGUCCGAGGUGUUCGACGCCUGCAUCCGCUGGGUGGAAUACGACCGCGCCGGGCGGCGGCCCUACGUGCGCGCGCUGCUGCAGGCCGUGCGCUGCCACGCGCUCACGCCGCAUUUCCUGCAGCGGCAGCUGCGCCACUGCGAGCUGCUGCGCGCCGACGCGCGCUCCAAGGACUACCUGGCGCAGAUCUUCCGCGAGCUCACGCUGCACCGGCCGCCGCGCGAGCGCCCGCCGGGCCGCGCGCCCAAGGUGGGCCAGCUGGUGUACGCGGCCGGCGGCUACCUGCGCCACUCGCUGAGCUGCCUGGAGGCGUUCGACCCGCGGCGCGGGCGCUGGCGGCGCCUCGCCGACCUGCCGGCGCCGCGCAGCGGCCUGGGYGGCUGCGCGCUCGGCGGGCUGCUCUACGCCGUGGGCGGCCGCAACAACGCGCCCGACGGCAACACGGACUCGGCGGCGCUCGACUGCUACAACCCGGUGACGGACCGGUGGGCGCCGUGCGCGCCCAUGAGCGUGCCGCGCAACCGCAUCGGCGUGGGCGUCAUCGACGGCAUGAUCUACGCCGUGGGCGGCUCGCACGGCUGCGUGCACCACAGCAGCGUGGAGAG